CCACAAGAUGACCCACAACAAAAAUCUGAUUGAAAUCGCCAAAUAUGGCACCAAUGUUGCUAUCAUUGAUUUCAUGAAACAAGCUGAAGACGCGGGCUACACUUUCUGUCAAGACGCUUUAGACAUUUCUUUAAUCGAAUCUUGCAACAGAGGCCUCAAAACCUUGGUUCAAUUCGCCGUCAAUCUAGGCGCAAAUGUCAACUACAGUAGAAAAAAUGGCGACACACCUCUGAUUGUAAGUGCCUGGAAAGGUUUCACAGAUAUAUGUAGGCUACUUCUAAAAAAAGGCGCUGAUGUCAACUCUUCAAAUAACGACGGGGAUACGCCUCUGAUGGCAGCAGUUCAGCCGUCUGGUUCUAUUGAACUUAUACAUUUGCUGAUGGAGCAGGAUAACGUUGAUGUGGAUCAUCAAAACAAAAAUGGUGGCACGGCUUUGAUGAAGGCGAUAGAAGUUCUAAAUUUAGAUGUUGUGAUUCUGUUGCUAAAUUCUGGAGCUUCUCUAGACGGUAGAUCAAAACCUACUGGCACCAAGAGUGCUUGUGUUGAAAUUGUGAAUUCCAAAGGAGAGAGCGCGCAGGAUAUUGCGGACAGACUAAACAUCGGAAACGUUAUAAAAUUUCUGAGAAACGCCAAUAACGAAGACCCAUUGAUAACAGCAGCUUUAAACAGAGACUUGGUGUCUGUGAAGUUUCUGGUCGAUACAAUGUACUUAUCACAAAAAUGUUACGGAGUACUUGUGCAGCUUCUGAAGUCUAUCAAAACAGAAAACAGAAGCGUGAGUAGGGGCGAGAUAGAAAUCUUCCAAACGUUGCUUAAAUGUGGGUAUGACGUCAAUUGGAAGUCUGAUUCUGGUGAGACUUCUCUGGUUCUGGCUGUGGAGAUUGGAAGUGCAGAACUUGUUGAGAUGUUGUGUUCGUUUGGCGCCAGACUCUCCCAUAACGAGGUCACCCUUGCUGCUCGACAAGGACGUAACGACAUCAUAUCAUUGCUGCUGUACUACGGCGCCCCAGUCAACAAAUUCACGACUUACCAGGCUCCAAUGUUCUGUGGGUCCGCCCUAGAGUCAGCUUUAGCCUCUGAACACAUUGACACGGCACUGAAGUUGGCUCAAUAUGGUGCAUUCAUAGACAUUGCAGCAUCCAUGACUGCGGCGGUUGCUCAAGGUAGCAAAAAAACGUUCACUUUUAUUGCGACCAACUACCCCAUGGUAUGUACUAGGAUCGCAGAAGACACAAACAGAGGCUUACUACACACAGCAGUGAAGCUAGGCGAUGUUGAUAUUGUUAACAUUUUGUUAAACUUGAAUGCUGAUGUUAACGGUGUUUACUACCAUAAAACGCCUUUAAUGGCAGCAAUGCACGUUGCUGUGAUUGAUUUGUUGGUGGCCAGAGGAGCUGAUGUAAAUAAAAGAACAAACACAACCGUUUUGUUAAACGUUUUGUCUUCUGACUAUACAACCAUGUUCCGAAAAAUUCUAGAAUUUAGCCAACAGACUGACCAUUUUAAUUAUUGUAUCGAAGAAAUCGUACACGCUCUUCUAAAGCACGGCGCUAGCGUCCACAUCACAACAGACCAGCAAGAGACGCCACUGAUGCUGGCGUCACGCACAGAGGUGUCAGCAGACGUCGUGAAGCUUCUCCUUGACGCCAACUCUGACGUGAAUUACAAAGACUUUCUCGGUUUGACGGCACUGCAUUACGCUGUACAAAAUAAUUGCAGUGAAAAUAUUAAACUUCUUGUACAAAAUCGAGCGGAUAUUAACGCUCAAAGCUUAAAAGGCGCCACGCCUUUACAUAUGGCGACUAAGAGUGGUAACAUUGAGACUAUGGAGUUCCUUUUACAGAACGAUGCAGAUCCACAGUUACAGGAUAGCAAAGGGAACACACCUUUAAUUAUUGCCGUGGAGGAGGCAGUAGAAGAUACGUGGGCUGAUCACAGAGCAAUCGAAAUAUUGAUAGAAGCUAGUUCAGACUUAAACGUCAGGAAUUCUAGUGGAACCAGCGCGUUAACUUUAGCGGCUCAGUAUACCUCUCUAGAGAUUCUCUUGUCUUUGUUAAAAGCCGGAGCUGAUCCUAAUAUAGCUGACAAUGAUUCUGACACAGCCUUGACCCUGGUGCUAGGUCAUGUUCAAGUCUCAGACUGCAGCUUAGAGUGUGCAUCCAGUUUGCUAGAACACGGUGCCGCUGUCCAAUUUGUCCACCCUGAGAUGAUCCACCGACUGACGUCACUUGGGUGGAGUAGAGUCGUACAGCAGCUCAUCCAGCGAGGGCUGCCACCCAGUGAGAUCGUGUUUUUAAAGAACUCGUGUGGCUGGCCCACAUCCACACCCGUCACGCCCUUCUCUGUGGCCCUGUUGAUGGAAAACAUCGAGCUGGCCAGUUUUAUGCUGGACGUCUGGUACUUGACGCCGUCUGAUGUACGGACACUGUCUGGUCAAACGUCUGUCACAGACUCGUUGAGGAGAAAAGGUUUGUUUCGGUCAGUCAAGUUUCUGGAGGAGGUCACAACAAGACCAAUGACAUUAGAACAGCUUUGUUUUAUCAACAUUUCAUCAAUAUUAGGUACAGAAGCACAUAGGGCAGAUAACAUUGAGAAGAUGCCGUUACCAAAAGUCUAUAAAAACAAGCUGAAGUUUAACACUGUAGAGAUAUCCCUUGACGACGAUGAAUACAGGAAAAAUGAACUCUUGCACCAUUACAUUUUGAAGCACGGCAGCGGGGAAGGGUUUGAUCCAUACGAAGAUUACAGCGAUAAUGAUGACGAUGAUUCUGAGGAGAGCUCAUCUGAUUCGGAUUUUAGCUCAGUCAGCGACUUUUAG